UAAAUGAGUGGUGGAGAAGCAGCCUUGACUUUUGGGAUUCCCUUCACCGAUCACUAGAUUGGCCAGGAGGAUAACUCUCAAAGAACAUUAGAGAUCAAGUGAAGAGAGGGCAGGAGAAACUCUUCAUUCCUAGAGAGAGACAUGGCUGAAACAAUUCUCUCGCCUUUGAUGACAAGUUUGGGGAAGAAAUUGGGGGACGAUAUCCUUCAACAGUUCGGAUCGAUAAGGGGCAUCGACGAAAAGCGGGAAAAGCUUCAGAGACAAGUGCUAGCCAUCCAGUCUGUGCUUGGGGAUGCAGAGAAGAGGCAAGUCACGGAUAAAGCAGUCAAAAAGUGGUUGGAAGCACUCAAGAAAGCAGCUUAUGAAGCGGAUGACAUACUGGAUGAGUUCCAUUAUGAAGGUCUGCGGUGCCAGGCAAAAAUCCAGGAUGAUACUGCAAACAAGGUACUCGAUUUCUUUUCACUUCACAACCCAGUUCUGUUUCAGUUAAAUAUGGGGAAGAAGUUAAAAGAUAUUGUAGAGAGGAUAGAUAGAAUUGAAGCAGAGGGUGCUAAGUUUGGGUUUAGAGGCAAUCCACAGCCACGCACCGAGGACAGACCACAAACCCACUCCUUUGUUGUUGAAUCAGAAGUCAUCGGUAGACAAGAAGAUAAAGAAAAAAUUGUGAACUUGCUACUCAAUCAGCGUGAGAAUGAGAACGUCACAGUCCAUUCCAUAGUUGGCAUGGGAGGAAUGGGCAAGACCACCCUUGCUCAACUGGUCUACGGAGACCAGAGGGUGAAGAACCAUUUCCAAAUGCACAUAUGGGUCUGCGUGUCUGAAGAGUUUCAUGUUCCAGAGCUGGUUAAAUCCAUCAUAGCUUUAGCCACAGGGAAAAAGUGUGAUCUGCCACACAUGGAUUUAUUGCAGCGCCACCUUCGAGAAGUGUUGAGUGGGAAAAGAUAUCUACUUGUAAUGGACGACGUUUGGAAUGAGGAUUCAGAGAAGUGGGAUGAUUUAAAAAAUUUAUUGGGAACUGGCGGAGAAGGUAGUGCAAUUCUUGUUACCACCCGCAAUGACCAGGUCUCGCGAAUCAUGGGCGCAUCAACCUCUCAUCUUUUACGGCCGCUAUCUGAGGAUGAUUCUUGGACUUUGUUUAGCAAAAGAGCAUUUGUAACAGGAGCAGAAGAACGUCCAGAGCUGAUUGAAAUUGGCAAGGAGAUUGUGAAAAAGUGUGGGGGAAUGCCUUUAGCAGUAAAGACCAUGGGGAGUUUGAUGCGCACCAAAAAUGAAGUAAAGGAUUGGUCGGCUGUAAUGGGAAGUGAGAUUUUGGAUACCAAUGUUGGUGAGGAUGGGAUCUUACCUGCUUUAAGGUUGAGCUACAAUCACUUGCCUCCACAUUUGAAGCAAUGCUUUGCCUUCUGCUCCAUAUUCCCCAAGGAUUAUGAGAUGGAAAAAGAUAUGUUGAUCCAACUGUGGAUAGCUAAUGGAUUCAUUCCGUCUGAAGGAAGAAAGGAUUUGGAAGUUACGGGUGAGGAGAUAUUUGAUGAACUGGUUGGGAGAUCAUUCGUUCAGGAGCCUGCACAAGUUAUCAGGAAUGAACGAUUUAUAUAUGGAUAUGAAAGAAUAGAAAAAUACAUGAUGCAUGACAUGAUGCAUGACCUUGCAAAAUCUAUCAUGGGGAGCGAUUGUUCUCAGUUAUUGAAAUCUGGUCAUUUGGAAGAACUACCUAAUGACAUCCGUCAUUUGUUUAUAUCUGGCCCUCGCCAAUUAGACAUUGGUAAGACUCUAAAUAAAUUCCCGAACAUCUUCACACUCUUGCUACGAAAAACUUACCAAGAUAUACGGACUGCUGAUUUGUCAAAGGCCAGGUCCCUGAAAGUAUUAAGCUUGCAGUACACAAAUUCUAUAGAAUUGCCAGUUAAAAUAAGAUAUUUGAAACAUCUAAGAUACCUUGAGAUCUUUCGGAAUGAUAUUGCAGAACUUCCAGAAGCCAUAAGCGAGCUUUUCAAUCUACAGAUCCUCAAACUAUGUUACUGCUGGAUGUUAUGUAAACUACCAGAAGCAAUGAGAAAUAUGAGAAACCUCAGGCACCUAUAUAUAAAUGGAUGCCCCACUUUGAAGCACAUGCCAGCAGGUAUGGGGCAAUUAAGUUCCCUGAAGACCUUGACAAAGUACAUCGUAGGUGACUAUAAUGAGAGGGGCAUAAGAGAGCUGAAGGGCCUGAAUCUUGGUGGCCAACUAGAGCUCUAUAACCUGGAGAAAGUGAGGGGCAUGGAAGAUGCUAGAGAGGCUAAUCUAGGUUCCAAACAAAAUCUACGGUCAUUAGCAUUAUGUUGGGGAGUCUCAGAGUGGUCUAUUUUAUAUAAGCCACCAGAGCCAGAAGUUCAUUUUCUUGAUGAAGAGGCAGAAAAUGCUGAGAAGGUGUUGGCAGCACUUGAACCUCACAGUGGCUUGAAAAGGCUGGCAAUAUGGCAGUAUGGAGGUUUAUGCUUUCCUAUGUGGAUGAUGGACAGUCUUGAUCUGCUCCGUAAUCUAGUUCAGAUCCAUCUAGGAUACUGCAGACGAUGUGAGCAUCUCCCACCACUAUGGAAGCUAUCUCAUCUUGAGGUCCUGUCCUUGACUGAAAUGGACUCAAUCAAGCACCUUCAAAGCAGUAGAAGUGAGGGUACAAUGCAACCGUUCCCUUCGCUGAAGAAUCUAGCACUAUUUAAAAUGCAGAGCUUAAAGAGUUGGUCGGGAGAGGAAGGCGGAGACCCAGCAGCCCCACCCUGUUUUCUUUUACUUGUCAGGAUAGAAAUCAGAGACUGCCCAAACCUGACUUCCAUGCCCGUGCUUCCAUCUCUCCGCCAUUUGACAAUAAAAGGAAAUAGCAAGAUACCAUUGGAGUCUGUCCUUAGCCUAACCACACUAUCCUCCCUCAGUAUCGAGACCUCCAGUGCAAACACCAGCGGCGGGACGCAGUCGCCAUCCUUUCCACAGGCAAGUAUACCAUCAUUAAAGCACAUGAACUCUCUGGAGUACUUGAGUAUCAUUGGUGGCGAAGAGCUGAGGCCGCUGCUCGAGCGGGAGGAUGAGACGAGGGGUUUCAGCUCAACCCUUCAAUCAUUGGGCUUGGGCAACUGCAAUUGGUUGUUCUCGAGGCAGCUGUUAUCAUCACCAUUGGAAAUUUGGACAAACCUUACUUCUCUCCGAUACUUAACCAUCAGUAAUUGCGAUGCUCUCGAAUUCUGGCCAGAGGAGGAGCUUCGAGGCUUAAUUUCCUUGAAGAUGUUAGAUGUUUCCAGGUGUCGAAAUCUGACUGGCCCAUCAUCAACAUCAGUGGAACAAGGACUCGCACCGCACCUGGAAUUAGUACGGAUUGAUGACUGCGAAAACUUGAUGGAGUUGCUCAAGUUAUCUGCAUCUCUGAAAUCAUUGGAGAUCUGGAGUUGCCCCAAUAUGAAGGCCUUGACAGACCAGUUGGGACACCUCCCCGCUCUUGAGGAUCUCGAAUUUUUGGAUUGCCCCAGUCUAACAUCUUGGUCCGAAGGGAUGGAAGGGUUCACUGCUCUUCGGUCUCUGAUCAUCAAGAACUGCCCUCUAUUGACAACGUUACCAAGAGCCCUACAACAGCGAAUCCCCAGCCUCGACAGCCUGGUCAUCAAGGGUUGCCCCGACCUGGAGAGACGAUGCAAAAGAGGAGAGUAUCGGGAUCUCGUGUCCCGCUUGCCAGCUCCUGAAAUAGGAGAACCACGCAGGGAACAAUCACCAUCCUUCUGCAGAAGCUCUUGCUUGGACUGUUUCACUCCCAUCUGAGUAUUCACGAAAUGAUCAAUCUGUUGGAGUCUAUAUUCCUAUCAACCCGUUACCAUCUUAACCUUUGACGUUCCACAGCUUGGGUCCUUAUGGUUAUUCCUCGCAUUUUUGAAGCCGCAACUACUCAGCAUUGAUAGGAACUCAAAGUGCACUUGGAGAAUUAAACAUUUGAGGAUUUGAAGAGUCAAGGAAGAUAUGAUUAAAAGAUGGCUUCUUGGGCACAAAUAUAGUGAUGCUUCUAUAGAGUGGUGUCACCAAAUUGCUGGCGUCUGGAAAGAAGGCGGUCAACAAGAAGGAAAAUCAGUUCUGUCAUGCAAUCCUCAACACCCUUGUGAAAGGCAACCGCUAGAGCAAAAAUUUGGGUGGCCCAGCAUCUACAAAAGGUGUUAAGCAAAAAUUUUGCAAUCAUAUCUACUGAAACUAUGUUCAUAUGGAAAGUUUCAAAGUUCAAUUGUUUUGUAAGGCCCUAUUUACUCUGUUGGGAACAUAUCAUUUACAAAAAGAAUAAAGCUAUAGCAAUUUUCAUCA